AGCUUUCUGCACUCCCAGCAGCAUCGACAGUCCUCAGAGCUGCCCACUCAUUUCAGCAAACAUUUUCGGCUUCUGCUGCUGCUGCUGCUGUAAAGGCAUGAAUACUCCAAAUGUUUCUGACUCCGGCAACGGAAACAUGUGGAAUAUAGGCAACGAUUUUGGCUGCAAAAGAACAGAAAUGUAUGAUACACCUGAUAUUUCUGGCUUCACUCAAGGAGCAAUGUGGAGUACCUACAACAUUUCUGGCUCCAGAGGAAUAGAAUCACAGCACGCACACAAUGUUUCUGGCAACAGAGGAACAGAAGUAUUGGAAGGUCAGCUUGAGGACACUGAUUCCAGCAAGAUGACUGCACAAAGCAGCAGACAUACAUCUGACACCUCACAGAAGCCAUCAGCCUAUGGAGACCAGACUUCCAACAUGAAGGAAAUGCCUGAAAUAAUGGACGAGUUCAUCAAUAAAUACAAAAAGGAAAUGUUGCAAAUGAUGGAAGAGGUGAACAAUAAACAAAAAGAAGAAAUAUUUGAAAUGAUGAAAGAAAUGGACAAGAAGAACACAAAGGAAAGAGAUGAAUUUCUGCAAGCAAUGGACAACAAAAUAAUAUGGAUGCGCGAUGAGAACAGAAAUGCCUUUGAAACUAUUUAUAGUCACCUUCUGAAUAGUCACAACAGAGCACUUCCUGGAAGGGCAAUCCAAAUACAGCCUGAGGAGAAAGAGGAAAAUAAGAUGCUGAAAGAGAAGAUCAAAAAGCUAGAGGCAAGAAUCCAAGAGCUCUUGGCUAAAGCAAUAGUCAUGCACCAACACUCUGAGGACAUCAAUGACCCUUCACGUUUGUCUGCUGUGCUGGAUAGAUAUGAGCUGCUCAGGCUACGGGAAUGGGAAAAAGUCAAGAGCUCCAUGCCCCACCGUUGGACAUAUAAAGAAGGCAGCCGUGCCAUUAAGAAGCUGUUUGAUGCCUGUGAGAAAGACAUACAACAGAGAACAGAUGCCAUAAUUAAAGGUUUUGACAUUCCACUUGGGAAUAAUACUUUGACCAAGGUGAUGAUGCAAGACAUAAUGAAGCUGCUCAGGCAACAUUAUCGCGAAAAUUCAGCACUUUACAAGAUUGUUCAAGAAGCUGCCAUUCACAUAGGAAGUGGAAAUGAAACACAGUUCUUGCUGCAGUGCUGCCAAAUUUAUUGUUUGCUGUUUCUUCAGGACCCACCAGUUAAAGCAGACUGGAAGAUGGACAUACAGUAUUUAGAGCACGUGGACAAGAAAGAUGCUGCGUAUUGGAAAAAACCAUCACUUCUGUGGCCCAUAAUGAAAUGUGGGGAACAAAUUCUUGUGAGAGGUGUAGUCUGGGAUUAAGGGAGAAUGACUUGACAGUCAGGCUAAUUACUUGCUUUGACAUAAGAAGAUGAAACUUUUGCUGUGCAAUACUCAGCUUUUCUUUCUCUCAUGAAUUGCUUGCUUUUCAGAGCUAGUAAGUUAGACAUCCCCCAUAUGGGACACUUAGGAUAAAUCAUCAUUAACAAACCUGUAUUAAAAAUUGAAGCUAUUCCAAUUGUCUCCUCACCACUCCUCACCAGUGCCACCUGCCUGUUACCACUCAGCUGCUUUCCCACAUCUGUGCAAUUUACCUCUCCCAAAGUCCUUCAGCUACAUGUGUGCCACAGCUCUGGGCCAAAGAGCUCUAAAAGUUGUAUUCCAUGGCAUAAGACGGAUGCAGUGAGGCAAGUGCAUGUUUAUGUGAUUUUGUGUGACACGGUAUUCUGUAAGCAACUUGAGAAUGACCAAAUAAAAAGAGAUUUUAAAUUCUA